GAACUCGCAGCAGUCCUCCUGCCUCAGCCUCUGGAGUGCUGGGAUUACAGACAUGCGCUACAAUGCCUGGCUGAUUCGUCAAAUUUUAAGCAAACACACAUACACAGGCUCACGUGCACGCUCCAUUUCCUGUACCAGGACUGAACCCUGUUGGUCUGGAUGAAAGCCACCUUAGCUGUAUAGGAGAAAAUCAAAACCACAGUACUUCCAGUCAGUCUUAACUAUUUUGGCCCUGCCCCUGGAUUUUUGUGUUUUGGUACUGUGGCUACGUAGAAAUUGAAAGGGCCUGUGUUGUCUACUGCACAAUUACAGCCACGAAAACCAAAACUGUCCGGCUGCCUCCCUUUCUGGGUGACAUCGGGAGCAGAACAAGAGGCUGGGAUGAGCUCAGAGGUUCUUUCCUGGCUCGCCUGUCUAUACCAGCAGAUGAGUGGGAAGCGACAGAGCCAGUUACAACAUAUCUGCGGCCGGUGACAGUUCCUUGGGUUCAUCAACGGUUUUUCGGAGUAGCUUUGACAUCUUUAAAGGGUGGACUUGAAUUGUGUUCGCAGCCACCGCCGCAGCGCCAUCGCUCUUCAAUGCCAGCGAUGUCUCUCUAGCUCAACGAGCUCCAGCUGAAGAAGAAGAUAAGGAGGUCUGUGUAUCAUGGCUCAUACAAAGCAGACUGCCCACAAAUCCACUGGUGGUAAAGCGCCCAGGAAACAACGGGCUACAAAAGGCGCUCAUAAGAGUGCGCCCUCUACUGGACGGGUGGAGAAACCCCAUCGUUACGGACCUGGGACUGUGGCACUCCGAUAUCACAAAUUCCCUUUCCAGCGUCUGGUGCGAGAAAUUGCUCAGGACUUCAAAACAGAUCUGGGCUUCCAGAGUGCAGCUAUUGGUGCUUUGCAGGAGGCAGGUGAGGCCUAUCUCGUUGGCCUGUUUGAAGAUACCAACCUGUGUGCCAACCAUGCCAAACGUGUAACAAUUAUGCCAAAAGAUGUCCAACUAGCAUGCCGCAUACGUGGAGAGUGUGCUUAAGAGUCCACUAUGGUGGGAAACAUCGCAUUCUCAAAUUUUUUUUCUCUUCUUCCUGUUAUUGGUAGUUCUAAAUAUUAGACUUUUUUUUCCCCAUGGGGUCAAGAGGUACCUAAGUAUAUAAUUGCAAGUGGAAAGUAGGGGACAGAAAUCAGGUAUUGGCAGUUUUUCCAUUUUCAUUUGUGUGUGAAUUUUUAAUACUAAUACGGGGAGUAAAGCAUUAAUGCAAGUCAAAAUGUUUCAGUGAACAAGUUUCAGCAGUUCAACUUUAUAACAAUUAUAAAUAAGCCUGUUAAAUUUUUCUGGACAAUGUCAGCAUUUGGAUUUUUUUAAAAAAACAAGUAAAUUUCGGGCCGGGUGUGGUGGCGCAUGCCU